GUGUUCAUGUUUGAUGCUGAUACGAGCUGUACGGCUGAAGUGAGGGGAAUAACUUACAGAGGCUUCUGUUCGCUUGCAUGCUAAUCUCGCUUGUGCCUCUCGUAUUUGUCCUGUGAGAAAGCUACUUUGCAUCUUCUUUUUUUUUCUUUUUAAAGCUGACAAGUUGAAUGAGUUGGGUGCCAGUGGGGCGAGUUUAAAAACGCCAACAUGUCUGACAAGAAGGCAGUGAUAAAGAACGCAGACAUGUCUGAUGAAAUGCAGCAGGAUGCAGUGGACUGUGCCAUGCAGGCCAUGGAAAAAUACAACAUUGAGAAGGAUAUUGCAGCCUAUGUCAAAAAGGAGUUUGACAAAAAGUACAACCCCACGUGGCACUGCAUUGUUGGGAGGAACUUCGGCAGCUACGUGACACACGAGACGAAGCAUUUCAUCUACUUCUACCUGGGCCAAGUUGCCAUUCUGCUCUUCAAGUCGGGCUGAAUGCCAAACACGCCCUCCUAAAACUACUUUUAAUUCAGCCCUUAAUACUUUGUGUCACGCUGUACAUUCGUUGCCACCUUUCUGCAGACAUGCUUACCUCCUGGUUUCCUGCUCGCUUCAGUCUGUUUGCCACCUACAGCAUGACCACCAUCGGUGGACGGCGCUCGAUUCACGUCUUUGCCCGUGACGUGCCGUCCAGAGAGAAUGCCAGUCCUCAUGUCAGCUGUCAGUCACCAUUUGCACACCUGACAGACUCCUCUAUGCCUCAUAAUUAAUGCAUAUUGUUUUUGCCGUGCAUUGACGCACAUACCUUUUACAUUGUUUAAUAUUAUGGGUAUGUUGUAGAAUAACUUAUUUUCAUGCAGUUAAGAUGAGCAACAGACAGUUUUUGUUGAAAUGCCUUUAAUUUUCAGUGUUGACUAAGAUUGAAUAAAAAAUGCCAAGACUGUUGCUUACAUUUAAUAAAGAGAAAUCACCUGCGAAAGAGACUUGAAAGGUUUUGUACAUGCUUGAACAUCGCUGUUUCCAAUUCUGUUGUGAAUAUUUAGUGUUACUGUUGUAUACCUCUGAAAUGUAAUUUUGUGUACAGUAUUGUGAUAUUUUCGACAUGUUCAGCACAAAACUCGGACAGUAAAUUUGUUCAAAAAUGUGUUUGGCGUGCGUGUGUGUGUCUCCUGCCUGUUCUGAUUGUAAUAUUGUGAACCACUACCACCACUGUGCUUUUGUUCUUUUGUGUUAUCUCCAGGUUUGUUACUUAUUGUAGAAUAAGAUUUUCCAGAUGUAGGCAGACGACAUGUCCGUGUCUGUGCUUGUGCCCACUAAAUAAAAGCUGAGAAAAUUAAAACUCAACUACUCAA